GCCCCCCCUCCCCCUGUCUUCUUCUUCUUCACCCUCUCCUCUUCUCUCCCCUCUCCACCAAUUAUACCAUGAACCUGCCCGCUGCUUGUUGCUAAGGGGGGAGACCAGCCUGUGGGAGCUGCGGAGAGUGGACCAGGCUUUAUUUUGUUUCUAAGGACCAAGUGAAAAUGGCGGAGGGUUCCAGAGAUCAGGCAGCAGGGGGGGCCACAGAUCCUGAGGAGGACUCCCCGAAUAUGAUCGUCUACAGAAAGAUUGAAGACAUUGUUACACGAAUACAAGAUGAGAAUGCAGGCGGUGUAGCCAUCAGGACUGUCAAAAGCUUCCUGUCCAAAAUCCCCAGCGUGGUAUCAGGGGCCGACAUUGUUCAGUGGCUGAUGAAAAACCUCUCCAUUGAAGAUCCAGCCGAGGCCAUCCACCUGGGGAGUCUGAUCGCGGCGCACGGCUACAUUUUCCCCAUCUCUGACCACGUCCUGAUGCUCAAAGACGACGGAACACUUUAUCGCUUUCAGUCUCCGUACUUCUGGCCUUCCAACUGUUGGGAGCCUGAGAACACAGACUACGCCAUUUACCUGUGCAAGCGCACCAUGCAGAAUAAAGCCCGACUGGAGCUGGCUGACUACGAGGCUGAGAACCUUGCCAGACUGCAGAGGGCUUUCGCCAGGAAGUGGGAAUUCAUCUUCAUGCAGGCGGAGGCUCAAGUGAAAAUCGACAGGAAGAAGGACAAGGCAGAGAGGAAGAUCCUGGACAGCCAGGAGAGAGCCUUCUGGGAUGUCCACCGGCCAGUGCCAGGCUGUGUCAACACCACAGAAAUGGACAUCCGUAAGUGCCGAAGGGAGAGGAAUCCACACAGAGUGAAAAAGUCAGUAUAUGGAGUACCAGACGACGGCCAGAGUCAGCCCAGUCCCAUCCACAGCAGCUCACAGCCCAGCAGGAAGCCCACCAAAGAGGAUGUCCAGAAGGAGAUUACCUUCUUAAACAACCAGCUGGACAGACACUGUAUGAAAGUCUCCAAAGUGGCCGACAGCCUCAUGAGCUACACGGAGCAGUUCGCGGAAUACGACCCCUUUGUGUCAACCACAGAACCCUCCAACCCCUGGAUUAGUGACGACACUGCCUUCUGGGAUUUAGAAGCCAGUCGUGAUCCCAGCCAGCAGCGGGUGAAAAAAUGGGGCUUCUCUUUAGAGGAGGCCCUGAAAGACCCGGCAGGACGAGACCAGUUUCUGAAAUUCGUGGAGUCAGAGUUCAGCUCAGAGAACCUGCGGUUCUGGAUGGCAGUGCAGGAUCUGAAGCGACGACCUCUCCAGGAGGUGUCGGCCAGAGCCCAGGAGAUCUGGCAGGAGUUUCUGGCUGAGGGAGCACCAAGCUCCAUAAACCUGGACUCCCAUAGCUACGAGCGCACCAGCCAGAACCUUAAGGACCCGGGUCGAUACAGCUAUGAGGACGCUCAGGAGCACAUAUUCCAGCUAAUGAAAAGUGACAGCUAUGCACGCUUUUUGCGAUCCAACAUCUACCAGGACCUGCUGUUGGCCAGGAAGAAGGUGAGCUACACUCAUUCGACCAGAAAUGUCUCUUUCUCACUGUACAGCAUUGAUAUGAAUAUGUUUUACUAUGAAAGUAUUUUUCUGAAAAA